AGAAAUCUCCUUUUUUAUUUUUUCCAAUUGGAACAAUAGUUUAUUGUAUUUCAAAAAAAUGGACAUCAUUCAUGAUGUUAUUAUUAUUAUUAUUUAUCAAAAGCAUCUUCUUCGAUAAGUUCUUCCAAAAGCAUAAUAUUGAAAAUGAUACAUAUAUGAAAGAGGAGAAAGAGUAGUCUCAAAAAUGUGACUAGACACAAGUACUGUGUAAAUAGGAUUAGGCCUCUUAACCUGUCAGUACUAUAUUAGAGUGGUUUUUUUUUAUUUUUGAAAUUCAAAAACAAUUAUUUGAAAAUGGAGUUAAUAAAUUUUGGAUUUUGGGUUUUCUCAGCUUUGAUGGGUGGUUUUGUUGCAUUAAAUUUGGUCCUAAUAAAGAGAGCUAAUGAGUGGUAUCACAUAAGCAUGGUGAGUAGAAGAAUACAGUGUUCUCUGCCUCCUGGUGAUAUGGGUUGGCCUUUCAUUGGUAAUAUGUGCUCUUUUCUCAUUGCUUUCAAAUUUGGUCACCCUGAUUCAUUCAUCUCCAACUUCAUUUCCAGAUUUGGUAGAACAGGAAUUUACAAGGCCUACUUGUUUGGAAGCCCAACAAUCAUUGUCACAACACCAGAAACAUGUAGACCAAUCUUGAUGGAUGAUGCACAAUUUAAGCAAGGGUGGCCUAAAUCAACUUCUCUAUUGAUGGGGAGGAAAUCAUUCUUAGGCCUUUCUGAAGAGGAGCACAAGCGUCUUCGCCGCCUGACCGCUGCCCCGAUCAGUGGCCAGAAGGCUCUCUUAGUGUACCAUGAAUUCAUGAAAGAUGUGAUAGUGAGUUCCUUGGAUGAAUUGUCAAAGGCAGAGAAGCCAGUUGAGUUGUUGACUGAGAUUAGGAAGAUCACCUUUCAAAUAAUCAUGCAUAUUUUUUUGAGCUGUGAGAGUAAUCCUGGCCCAUUGAUUGAGACUGUGGAGAAAGAAUAUGGUAAUCUCAAUUGUGGACUUAGAGCCAUGGCCAUCAAUCUACCUGGCUUUGCUUAUUAUAAAGCACUACAGGCUCGAAAGAACUUGGUGAAGAUUCUUCAAGGUGUUAUAGAUGGAAGAAAAGCAAGGAAAGAGAACAAUAUUAUUGUAGAGGAUAAAACAGACAUGGUUGACUUACUAAUGGAUGUUGAGGAUGAGAAUGGCCAUAAAUUAGAGAAUGAGCAAAUCAUAGAUGUGAUUCUUAUGUACUUAAAUGCUGGUCAUGAAUCUACAGCUCAUGCCACUUUGUGGGCAACUCUUUUCUUACAUGAAAAUCCUCACUAUCUCCAAAAAGCUAAGGCAGAGCAAGAGGAAAUUUUGUUAAAAAGAGCAGCAAUAGAGGAAGGACUUAGCAUCAAAGAAAUUAAGAAAAUGGAAUACCUUUCUAAGGUAAUUGAUGAAACACUACGUGUGGUUAAUAUCUCAUUGUUCACAUGUAGAGAGGCAAUAACAGAUGUUAGCAUUGGCGGAUACACAAUACCAAAAGGGUGGAAAGUUCUGAUUUGGUUUAGAGGAAUUCAUUUAGAUCCACAAUGUUAUCACAAUCCAAACGACUUCAAUCCUUCAAGAUGGAAUGAAUGUAAACCCAAAAAAGGAAGUUUCAUACCAUUUGGAACAGGAAGUAGAUUGUGCCCAGGAAGUGAUUUAACUAAGCUUGAACUUUCAACUUUUCUCCAUUAUUUUCUUCUCAACUAUGAGGUUGAAAGAGUGAACCCAAGUAGUAGCAUCAGAUACUUACCACACACAAGACCAAAAGACAACUGCCUUGCAAAACUCCACAAGCUACCUCAAUUAAAAGACAACAAUUGACAAAUUUCAUUUCUUAUAGGCUUAAAAAAAAGAUUGGAGCCAUUAAUAAAAGAAAAUUUUGUAAAAAAUAUGUAUAUUUUGCAAAAGAAUUUGUUUUAUAAGCUUAAACUUGGUAUGUCUUUAGUCCAAAGUUUUGGGUGGCUAGAAGUAGAACUACAAGAAAAAGAAAAAGGUUUUGGUUUUUCAUGUAUGUGUAAAAUAUAUUGUAGUGUAUAAUGUGUGAGACUCGAUAUUUAAAUACAUCGAUGAUAAUAUGUUAUUUUUAUAAGGUUUUAUAAUUUUUUUAAAA